AUGAUUCGAUGGGUGGUGGACAACCUGUCCCUGUCAGCGGAUGAUACCUUGGUGGUGAUCUACAAUCCUGCAUGGAUGAGCAUGAAGAAUUUCAUGGAAGAGCAACUCGCCGAUCGGGACUCUCGGGUCAGGCUCGUUGAGCUGCCAGGACCCACGCGGGGCGCGGCAGAGACGGUGCUCAUCGGCCUGAAGUCCUUGCCGGAGGACAUGCUGAAGCGUCCAACCCUUUUGGCCGAUGGCGACACCUUCUACACCGCCGAUGUGGUCAGUCGCUUCCGGGCGGUGGCCAAGACCCACAAUGCCGUCUUUUGCUUCAAGGACACGCAGCCCAAGCCCAUCUACAGUUACAUCAAAUUGGAUAUUGCGGACAACAUCAAGGAGGUCAAGGAGAAGAUCAAGAUCAGUGACUGGGCGAACACAGGCUGCUACUGCUUCCGCGAUGGUGCCGAGCUGGCCCAGGAGUGUGAAGCGCUCAUCCGCCGCGGUGAGACGCAACUCAGUCAGGAUCAGAAGGGCGAGUUCUAUACCUCCGGCGUGAUCGCAGCAAUGAUCGCGCGUGGGGCGCCAUUUCGUGGCAUCAAACUGGACCGUGAAGACUUCCACGUGCUCGGGACGCCCACACAGGUGGCGGAAUGGUGUGCGAAGUGGCCCAACCAGCCCAAGAUGCGCUUUGUUUUCGACUUGUAUGGCACCUUGGUGACGGAGAAUGGCAAGGCCAUCGAGCGGAACUUGCGCUUGUGCCGUUCCUUGAAGAAGCAGGGCCACCACGUGGCCGUUUGGACAGAGAGGCCAGCUGAAGAGGGUGCAGCGACCCUGGACCUAUUGCAGAGCUUGGGAGUCGAGUGA